UUCAUUACCUCUCUCUCUUAACAAAUCCUUCAAAAUCUGUAACAACACUACUACUGCAUUCACCCAACUGUGAGUUUAUUUUAUUAGUAAUAAUCUUAAAAAAGAAUCAUUCGGAAAUCUUGCAAGGAAACAAAUAGAUAAUGAGCUAGAUUUUUCUAUUUUUUUCUACUAUUAUCUUCUAGUAUCAGAUAAUCGAUUCGGUCGUUACAACAUUGAGAGACUUCUCCUAGUACAAGAGGACCAAUCAGACGCACCUCUGGUGGCCAAAUGUGGAGGACUCUAAGUAGUAUGUCCACCAAGAUGAGAAGAGAUUUGAGGGACUGUAAAAUUGAGCUGAAAAAACUUGAAACACUCUUUCUUUAACAAGAGGGAAGAACCCAAGCUGAUGGUUUUACUGAAAAAGAGCCUCAAGUCAUCUCUUUUAAAUAAACAAAAGGGGAACUUGCCUAUGAUUUAUAUCCACAAAAGAAUAUGAUUUACAUCGAGAAAUGUUUACAAUAUCAGUGCAAUUUAGUUUGAUGUAGGAAAUUAGUUGCCUUAUUUUUUUCAGGUUAUUGGUUUUACUUAUCCUAAAGGGUUACUUGUAUUACCUUCUAAGUCUAAGAUGUUUGUCCUGUGCGAGUAUACAAAAGUUAAAAGUCAUGAAAAUCUGUUAUUUUUGGAGCAAAUCAAGGGUGGUGAACAGCACAAUGACCCAGUCAACUGGGAUUUGAAGAUUCUUGGUAAUUAAUCAGGGUGGAUAUACAAGAAUUUUGCUGCUCUCACUCUUCAAAAUGUUAACGGGUGCGUGUCGGAUUCUUCAAAAAUUGAGCAUAUUUAACCUGUUUCUAUCAAAGCAGCUUGUAAACUCCGACCAUCGUCUCAAGGAGGCACGGGUCAGGCAAUGGAAAAGUCUUUGGAUGCAUUAACCACACUGAGAGACACGAAUGCGCAGGUAACGUCAGUUGGCAAAGUGGCCCCGCGCAGACAGAGUGAGUUUCGGCCAAUUCAGAUGUGCCAUUGAUUGAGGACUAGGAGAAUCUGACGCGGGUACGGCAUAGUAAGUGAAGAGUCCAGCAACUUAGAAAUUUUCCACUAAAAAAGUAGGCCUGUGUGGAAUUUUAAGCAUACAUAGAAAAAACCAGGUCAACGAAAGACAGCAAAGUCAAGGGCAUGCUGUCCUUGUUUUGGUAUUUCCGUUUUGACUCCUUAGAAAUAUGCAGCAGUAAUCAUUUUGGUGUAGCUUACAGAGCUGCAGGAAAAAAACAUCAUGGCUAACUACCAAAUUUGGAUCAUUUUUAUCCUUAUGGUAUCCUAUCACUUUUUACCCGCAGACCUUGCUGACAGCUCAAUCUUGAAGGGACAAAAUCUAUCUGAUUAUCAACGAUUGGUCUUGGAAAAUAUAUUCUUCAAAAUGCAAUUUUUCAGUCCCAGCAAGUCAAGAAACCGUUACUUGGGUAUAUUUUAUGCUCGGGAAAAUCUUGAUACGUACAAUAACGUUAUUAAUGGAGGAGUAGAUCACAAGGCUCUGUGGAUAGCUAAUAGAGACGAUCCUAUAACCGAUACAUCUGGAAGUCUUAUGAUUGCUCCUGAUGGGAGAUUAGUGAUUUCUCAUGGUGAAGGAAAGGUUAUUUUGCUUAGUGCUACUCCAACAGCAGCAACUAAUUUAACUGCUGUACUGCUCGAUAAUGGUAAUUUUGUGCUGAGGGAACUGAAUCCCAACGGCUCUGUUAAGCAAACGCUAUGGCAAAGCUUUGAUUAUCCAACCGAUACACUUCUGCCAGGAAUGAAGCUUGGGAUCAACUUGCGAACUGGGCAUGAAUGGUCAUUGACUUCAUGGGUAAAUGAUCAGUUACCUGCUUCAGGGUCUUUUACCUUUGGUCUUGACCCUAAUGGUACGAAUCAGCUGAUAAUCUUGUGGAUGGACAAGGUCUAUUGGAAGAGUGGCCCUUGGCCUUUCAGACAUCUUGCUUUUAAAUAUGUGUCAAAUGAGGAUGAGAAGUACUUUAAUUUUACUGCUGAUUCUUUCGAUGGAAGGUACACUAUGAGUCCAUCUGGAUUAAUUGAGGAUGGUUUUGGUGGAAAUGUAGAGUUUGGUGAUUGCAGCAAUGAGGAUCCAAAUGCUGGCUGCGUGAAACAGAUAUUGCCCCAGUGCAGGGCAGCUAAAAAAUAUUGGUUUGAGCUUAGACAAGUUUUCAUCUUUGGAGACAGCUUUAAAUUCGAUGAGAACUAUACCUUGAGUCUCUCAGAUUGCAAGGCCAAAUGUGAGAAUGAUUGCUCAUGUGUUGCCUAUGCCUCAGUCGAUAGUGACUACGGAGUUGGCUGUCAAAUUUGGGGAAACAACACGAGUUUUAUGACAUCAACAAACAGUCUAGCCAGAGGUGUUUUCUUUCUUACAAGAAAAGAUGGGAAGCGAAAAUGGUGGAUAUGGCUGACGGUAGCGGUGUCCCUAAUGGUAUUUGCUUUCAUUUGCUCCUUAUUAUGUCUGAUACAAAGAAAACUCAGAGCAAGAGGCAAAGUCAGAGAAGAAAUGGAGAAAGUGUUAUAUGGAGGUCCUCAGGCCAAUUCUGGCCAGUACAAUAACAAGAAGACUUCUAGACUCAGCAAGAAGUUCAGGCAUGAUAUACAAAUUUUCAGCCUUGAAACUAUAAACACGGCCACAAACAAUUUUUCGUCUGCCAAUAAGUUGGGAGAGGGUGGCUAUGGACCCGUUUAUAAGGGGAUGUUUCUCGACGGGCAAGAGAUAGCCAUAAAGAGACUUUCAAGAAGUUCAGGGCAAGGAUUGGUAGAGUUCCAAAAUGAAAUUAUGCUGAUUGCUAAACUCCAGCACACAAAUCUUGUUAGGCUUUUAGGGUGUUGCAUUGAAGGGGAAGAGAAGAUAUUAGUUUAUGAAUACAUGAUGAACAAAAGCUUAGAUUUCUUCUUAUUUGAUCCUAGCAGAAAAGAUUCACUAAAAUGGAAUAUCCGUUUGAAUAUUAUCGAAGGAGUUGCUCAAGGACUACUUUAUCUCCACAAGUAUUCAAGGCUGAGGGUGGUUCACAGAGAUCUAAAAGCCAGCAAUAUCUUGCUUGAUGACAAAAUGAACCCCAAAAUCUCAGACUUUGGUUUGGCCAGGAUAUUUGGGAGGCAAGAAUUUGAAGCUAACACGGAGCGAAUUGUUGGUACAUAUGGCUAUAUGUCUCCAGAAUAUGCCAUGAAUGGCAUUGUGUCAACGAAGACAGACAUAUUCAGUUUUGGAGUUCUAGUACUCGAGAUUUUGAGUGGUAAAAGAAACAACAGCUGCUAUCAUUUAGAACGCCCACUAAACCUCAUUGGAUAUGCAUGGGAAUUGUGGAAAGCAGGCAGAGUCCUUGAAGAACUAACAGAACCUGUAUUGUUAAAUGAAUCGACGCCAAUGAACGAGGUAAUGAGAUGCAUUCAUGUAGGAUUGCUCUGUGUUCAAGCCAAUCCAAUGGACAGGCCAUCCAUGUCAAGUGUGGUUAUGAUGCUCACAAAUGAUAGCCUGCAACUUCCCGUCCCCAAGCAACCAGCAUUCUUCAUUGAAACAGCUUUGGCAGAGACCGAAACUCACGAAAAAGUUGGACAUAGUUCCCCAAAUGGACUAUCAAUAUCAGAUAUGGUAGCGAGAUGACUUUCGUCGUUGUACUCCUCAAAAUUGUCAAAAGGGAAUAUGUAAUCUCCCUUAUGAAACAAAAUAAAGACUACUGUUUGUAUCCUUCAUCUGGAAUUUAUUAAGUGUGAGUUGUUAGCAAGAGAAAGUAAGCUUGUUAAAGCCUUUUCAGAUUAUACUGUCUGCACAAUUUUUAGAGGUCGCCAGCAACAUAUUGUAUAACACUUAGUGUGAAUGCAAAUGAAGAUUCAGAGUAUCAAAUGUAACUGAAUUCAGAACU